ACCCAUUGAUAGAGAGAGAGAGAGAGAGAGAUGACAGAGGUUUCACAAGGUGAGGGUGUUACGCUCGAGGAGCUGAAGAAUAAAAUGGCGGAUUUUGCGAGAGAAAGAGACUGGGAUAAGUUCCACAGCCCUAGAAAUCUCCUUCUGGCUCUGGUGGGAGAAGUGGGAGAGUUAUCUGAGAUUUUCCAGUGGAAAGGAGAGGUACCAAAGGGUCUGCCAGAUUGGAAAGAAGAAGAGAAAGAUCACCUUGGGGAGGAACUUUCAGACGUUCUGCUAUACCUCGUCAGGCUCAGUGAUAUCUGUGGAGUUGAUCUCGGUAAAGCUGCCCUUCGUAAGGUUGAGCUUAACGCCAUUAAGUACCCAGUUAAGCUCUGUAAGAGUUCUUCAAAGAAACACACCCAAAUCGCCGCCACAACCACCACCACCACCACCACUGACAACGAAGGUGAAAGCAACAAGAGCUGCUCUGAAGACGUUUGAUCUUUUUCCCAUAUGG